AUGAAUGACCUUCAGUACAUGUAUCAAAAAGAACGGAAGGAAUUUGGCAAGCAAUGUGCUUUCGCUGACAAAAAAUUCUUGAUGGCUUCCAUUUCGUCGAAUCAUGAUGAUUUUAAUGAUUAUAUCCUACGGAACCCCAUCGAGGAAGGGACACAAUUAAGCCGACAAUUUGCUUUGAGUGAGGUGAAUACAAUGUCAACAACGACUGAAAGUAAAGGAAUUCUGCACACUGAAGGUGGUUGGCCUAAAGACGUCAAUUAUUUGGAUAGCGAACAGACGCUGAGAUACCGUCGGAAGUUGGAAAAGGACGACACCUUCAUCACUCAAGUGCCGAGGAUGGGAGAAAAAGUUGAAUUUUGCAUCAAUCAAAACAAUGCAGUGAAUAUUUAUGAAGAGUAUUUUGAAGGAUUAGAACCAGCGCCAAUAGUCGAUCGAUGUCAUUCACGUACGAUGUUUGUUUAUAAAGACGUUGAGACACCAACACGUCCUAUAAGUCAUUUGUCGUGGUCGCCAGAUGGUGGUUUUAAACUUGCUAUCACUUAUUGCAAUACAGAUUUCAAAAAAAGCAAUUCAAGACUUUCGCUUAAUUCUUAUAUUUGGGAAACAGAAAAUCCAAACCAACCUCUUUACAAGCUCACACCGGCAAGUCCAUCGAUUUGUAUUGAAUAUCAUCAAAAAGAUGUUAACAUUCUUGUGAGUGGUCAGGCAAACGGUCAGUGUUGUGCUUGGGAUACGAGAGUUGGUGAGAAACCUAUUGGAAGCACACCCCGUGAAGUUUGUCAUCGAGAAAGUGUCAACUCUGUUCUUUGGAUUAACAGUAAAACGGGAUCUGAGUUCUUCUCUGGAGGUGCUGAUGGUCAGGUCAUUUGGUGGGACAGUCGAAAGCUUACAGAAAGACUUGACUAUUUAUACAUGGAUCCAAUCAAAAGUGACGAACAAGUGCUUGAACGUUCGUACGGCAUUUCCAUACUCGAAUAUGAAACAACAAUUCCCACACGUUUUAUGGUUGGAAGUGAACAAGGCAUGUUGUUCUUCUGCAAUCGGAAGGGAAAAUCUCCUAUGGAGAAGAUUACUUUGCGGAUGCAAUGUCAUGCUAGUCCCAUCUAUACAUUAAGUCGCAAUCCAUCCUUCUUCAAGAACUUUCUCACAGUUGGAGAUUGGAACGCUCGCAUCUGGUCGGAAGAUUGUAAGGAAAGUUCUAUUAUUUGGACGAAAUAUUGCCCAGUAGAGCUCACCGAUGGGUGCUGGUCACCGACCAAAUGUUCUUUGUUCUAUCUAAGUCGGACAGAUGGAAAUGUGGAAGCUUGGGAUUUAUUACAACAGCAAAGUGAACCAAUUCUGACAGUUAAGGUUUCAGAUCAUUCCAUUAAAUGUGUGAAGCCCCACGAGUCAGGAAGAAUGAUAGCAUGUGGUAGCAAAAACGGAUUUGUUCAUUUAAUGGAAGUUUCUGAGAAUAUGACUUUCAGUGCAAAGAAUGAUAAAGCGAUAUUAAAUGCUAUGUUGGAUCGCGAGAACAAACGAGAAAAGAUACUUGAGGGUAAAUUGCGCGAAAUUAAAAUUAAAUUGAAGAAGCAACAAGAGAUGGAAGCUAAGGCGGCUUCAGAUUUAUUGCUUCGUCAAGCAGAAAAAAAAGCAGAAGAGGCUAAGGCACAAGAGGAAGCGCCAAAG